CUCUGUCUAGACUGGGGAAUUCUGCAGAAAAGCAUCACUUGUGAGCAUCCCUGCAUAUCCCAAUCCUCGGCGAACAUCUGCUCUCAAACCACCGCUACUGCUUGGAACCACAACGCCUUCACCUUUCAUCGCGUACCACUCUCGUCCUUCCAUGGGGGAGACCCAAUCCGCGCAUUAACCCCUUCCUCCCCUCGCACCAGCGAUCGGCCGCGCCCGGGGUCCCACUCCCGCCCCCCCGCUCGGCGCACCCGCCCUUCGCCACGAGGCUCCCGUAAGCACCGACGUGUCCGCGCCCCCCGGGCCCCCCCGCAUCCCCGCCCCGGCCGGCCGGUCCCCCGCCCGCGCCGCUCCGCACCGCCCCGGAGCCGCUCGGAGCGGCGGCGGCGAGCGCGGCUCCGGCGCCAACUUCGGGAGCGGAGCGAGCGGAGCGUCCCCGGCGGGGCCGGCGCGGCCAUGCUGGGCCCGGCGGCGCGGCUGGCGCUGGGCGCGGGGGAGCUGCCGGCCCGGCUGCUGGCGCUGCUCUGGCCGGCGCUGGUGCUGGCGGCCGCCGCGGCCGCGCUGCUCGUCCUGCGGGGGCUGCGGGACCGCGGGGCCGUGCCCGCACCCCCCCGGCCCCGCGCCGCCGGGGAGGCGCAGGAGGAGGAGGAGGAAGAGGAGGAGGAGGAGGAGGAGGAGGGGGAUGGCCCCGCGGGGGCCGGCGGCCGGGCGGCCGGGGCGCUGCCGGCGCGGCAGCCGGAGGAACAAAGGCGCACGGCGCAGGUUCCAGUGAAUGGCCAUCUUAUCACAUCAGUCAACAUCAGAGAGAAAAAGCUCCUCAAGCCUAAGAAGAAGAGGAAAACCCAGUGCUCAGACAAGGAUGUGCCAAAAGAUCUGCUUUCUGUGGAAAAAGACAAACUGCAAGAGGAAGAAGGAGUUUGGCAGACCAAGAUCAGCAGCCGUGAAAAGAGACACUUAAGGAAGGAAAGGCUGAAACAAAAAGACCCCGGCAGAGCAUCUCUGGGUAGCUCAGCAGCUGAGCCAGCCUUUGACUGGGACAAGAAGGGAGCGGUGUGGCCACUCGCAGAGGACAUUGGUGGUGGUGGAAAAGGUGCUCUCUUUGCCAAGGCAGAGUGUGGGACUGUGCUGAAGGGCUCAGGAGCCCUACGGGAAGAAUUGGCACCCUCCAGGUCAGAAGACGAUGUUUUCUCCAAUGUAGGAACAUGGGAUAUUGCAGAUGUAAAAUCCUGUCCUGUGACCCUUGGGACAUUGUCAGAUCUCUCCAGGGAUUUAGAUAAUGUGAAGAGUAAAUCAUCUGAGGACAGUCCUUCCAGAUGCUGUUGGCAUGGCAGCUCAACUUUCCUCCCAGCAGAUGAUGCGUGGCAGGGGCAGGGUGACCCUUCUGUGAUUGACCUGGACUCUGACUGGAAAGCUCCCACAGAGGAGUGGGGAAACUGGACUGGAGAUGAGGAGCCUCAGACAAGGGAUGAGAAGAAGGAUUUGCCAAAAGGCAAAGCAGGCAUUCGUUUCUGUCUUUCUGGACCCGAAAGCAAAACACAACGGAAGAAGAAGAAAAUGGAAGUGAAGGAAGCAAAGGGUGGAGCUGGACUGAGGCAUCCCCAGCAAGGUUUGCAAACAAGAAUGGAAGAAGACCCCAGGGACUUGACAUCUACAAAAGAUAGCAGUGAUGCAGUCAGUGCUUCCUUUGAAAAAUCCUUGGACAUUGUUAAUAAUUCACCCAAUAAUGGUGUACCUGGAAAAAAGGAGAGGAGGAAGAGGAAGAAAAUGAAGAAAGAGACUUGAGGGAGCUGUGUAGCUGCCAGAGUGCCAACCUGAUGGGGCAGACAUGCCAAGGAGCUGCAAGGAUUCUGCUUUCUGCGAUGCCGCUGAGCCCCAGGCAAAGGGAGGCUCCGGAGACCUCCCAGCGAGAGGAAGAGAAGAGGAGCAGCGAGCCAGAGAGCGUGAGUGUGUGAGAGCAGAGAGAGGGAGCAGGCUGUGCACAGGAGGUGCUUUUGAAACAGAGUGGCUGUUCAUUGCAAGCUGCUGCCCUUGAUCAAAAGAUGUUGAAUGGGGUUUGACUGGUUGCAUUAAGUCCUUUCAGUUUUUUGCUGUCACGUUGUUUGUCAACUUGUAGUGUUCUAUGCCAUUGUAGAAAUAGUCAGGCUGUACCUGACUGUGGUUGUACUUUGGUCCCAUGGAGGAUCCACCAGCUAGUCUGGUCUCCUCUGGCAUUUUUGCAGAGGCGCUCAUCGACAGGCUAGUAAUGUACAGAAGGAAGCACUCUUCAGAAAAAAAGGGAGAAUAACAUGGAUUAUUCUCCAACCUCCUAACUCUUUUAAAUCCUUGGUGGCUGCUAUUGUCAGACCUUUGCCUCUUACCUUGCCAUAUUUUUACUUUUUACCCCACAUCAGACUAGUUUGUUCCUCAGGGAACAUCUAGACUAGUUUGCUCCUCAAGGCACAUUCUAAAGGAGGUUUUUAACUUGUUUGGAAAGAUGGUCUAAACCCAUUUUUCCCCUUGGAUUUCAUGGUGGGCUAAAGUUUAAAGUCUGUAUGUCCAAAGCAUGUUGCAUUUGUACUUAUAGUAGAUUGAGGUAACUUUUAAAAAUAAUUUUUCUUAAUCUAAUGUUUUGAAGUUUUUUUAUCAUUUUGUCACUUGAAUAUUCUAAUAUAAACUAAAUUUGUGAAUGAAAUUUUUAAGUCAGUUUAGUAUUUAUUGAAGGGCGUGUAGUUUUCCUUGUCAGAGGGCUCAUAGUAUGGGGGAGAAUGUGUUACAAUAGAAUACUGUGGUUUAUAAAUAAUGCUGAACUGACACCACUAAAAGCAGAAGCCCUUUAUCCCCAGAAGAGCUGCAGCUUUGGUGGUAGCUGGGGGGUCUUCCACAGCUGGUAGAUGGUCCUGAGACUGUGCCCGACCCAUCCCAGAAGUGCUGCCUCGAAGGAUGAGAUAGUUUUUCUCAAAUCUCCAUCUGCAUUUGACUCUGUGCCUUUGGAGAUGGUGGGGGACAUGCAUGUUAAAUGUGUGCACAUUUGUAGGCUUUGGGCUGAUGCUGUGAAACUCUUCACUAGGACAGUGAAUAACCAGGGAUGUCUGUGGCAUUACACUGCCACAGCGGCACUCCUGUUCGCAUCAUGAAGCCAGAGGAGAGCUCUGUGCUUCUGCCAUUGCAUCCCUGAUCCCCAGUCCCAGCUUGACUAAGCUUUACUUGCAGCUCAAGACUUUUCCCUGAUGGCCUUCAUCUGUUGCAUAGCUGUCACAUCAGCUGUACCCUUCAGAGAAGCAGUUAACUGCAGCAAUGUAUUUGUGUUUAGAGUUUAGCUACUAUAUGUUGAAGGGCAGUUCUCUUGUGCUGUGAUUUUUGGGGUAGUUAGCUGUACUGUGUGCCCUGAAAUUUAGCACAGUAGGGCUGUUUCAGACAGGCUGGAGAGGGGUAAUCUUAACUGGUGCCACUUAGCAGCCCACUGUCUAGGAUCUGUACAUCUUGGUGUUUGUGUCUCAGUGUAGGUGAAAUAUUAGCAGUUCGUGAAUGGACUGAACAGACCAAAGGGCUUUUAUCAGGAAAAUAACUGGUUUGGAAUAGAUGCAUAACAAGAAAAUACAUGGCCUUGCUGGAGGAACAGGUACAGCAAGUUCAAGGGUUUAGAAGAUGUGGUAAUGAGUAUGUGGGUAAUGAACAAAGUUCUGCUAUCUCUGAAGCCAAUGGAAAACAUUCAUUGACCUCAUUGGGGCCAGGAUGUUGCCCAUGGCCUUUGCUUAGCAUUGAAGAUAACCUCUGUCAUCCAAAAAAGAAAGAAAAAAAAGAGAUAAAGAAAAGCUCACAAGAUUGGUGGACUACAGAUUUCUUCUGCUUUUUUCUCUAUAUCUGCUUGUAAACGAUUUGAUGUCUUUAUAAUUAUGCUUUAUUUCAACAUUUUUCAGUAUUUCAAAUGUCACUGUUCUUAUAAUAAAAAAUCCAAACUUUUGUCUGAA